AUGGGCUUGGAAUGGCUGAACCGCCUUCCUUUGGCGUGUAACACAACCGCCAACCAAACCGCGAACUGGAGUUUUGGGGAAUGGGUUGAAGGUCGAAGCCCAAUCGACUUUGGCACAUGCGUGUUCGAAUGCGUAUCUUACGAGGCAUUCUGGAUCAUUGGAAUCAUCAUCAUCAUCAACGCCAUCUUUUGCAACUCUCAGUUGAAUGGCUUCAAAAAGUCCAACGAAGAACCUCCCACCAACACUGGGGAUUCAUAUCUUCCCACAUUCGACUCGAAUCCCGCACCCAAGCAAAAUGGCCCCUGUUGGAUGCAACGCCACCUAAAGUCCCGGCCCUGGCUUGUUUUGGUCAUCAAUCUUUGCUUCCUGAUAGUUAUUUUGGUGAUGCUUGAGGGCUUCCCAGUCUUGCUCACGGCCUGGCGAUUUAGCAUCUUCUUUAUCCAACUCACCUUUCCGGCCUGGGAGCCUCGUGCCCUGGCGUUUUUGGCUUAUUCGCCAUUGUCGCUCAUAAUCCUACUGGGCUGGGUUGGGGUUUUCUGUGCGGGCCACUUUCUUCUCAAGGUUCAAUUUGGUCUUAUGAGCGAAUUGAUCUCGCUUUACUGCGAGAACCCGAAGAAGGGAGUCAAGAUUGAAGAUAUGGAACUAGGGGACUUGGCCGAUGAGGAGGAGGAUGAUGUACGCCCGCCGGCUUAUGAAGGAUGGCAGCGGGCUGAGCUACGGGUGCUUUAA